AUGCCGCUGUCAGGAGAACAAAGCCUCACCUCCCCGGACGGCAACAAGAUCUGGGCGGAAUCCGCAGGGGAGCCCUCCAAGCCUGCGCUCGUCUUCAUCCAUGGUAUGGGGUGUACCGCGCUCGGAUUCGAUAAUCAAUUCGCGGACCCAGACCUUCUCCAUGAUUUCCACCUCAUUCGCUACGAGCUGCGUGGUCACGGUCGAAGCGGGGCGCCUGUCGAGUCAGAGGGAUAUGAAUCCAUCCGUUAUGCAGAGGACUUCAAAACCGUAUGCGAAGCAUUCGGCGUGGAGAAGCCAUUCCUGAUUGGUUGGCUAUAUUUCACGUAUCUUAGGAGCCUCGGAGGCGCCAUCGCAGUGGAUGUAAUAAAUGCCUAUGGGCCUACAUACCUGUCCGGCAUCAUCUACUGCGGCGGCGGCGCGAUCCACCUCGAAUACGGUAUGAGCACUACCAGCGCAUUCCUUGUGGGUGCCUUUGGUACCCUCAUGACCGAAUCAGCACAGGAGAUGACCGCUGCCGCGUCGUUCUUCGCCGAUUCCUGCGUAGCGCCUACGUCGCUCCCAAUCUCCUACCCACUGAAAUUGCAGAUGAUGGGCGGAUUCCUCGCAGCACCACGGCACGCGAAGAUUCAGAACUUCAGCCGCAAGCAAGACGCGUCAGCAGAGUGGGAACGGCGUGUACGAAAUGUGCCGGUGUUUGUCGUGCAAGGCCGCGAGGAUCAGCAUCGGAACUGGGAGGCCAUGCGUGCGCUCCUCGAGAGGCUUUAUGCGGACCUCGAGAUUUACAUGUUGGAUGGGCUCGGGCAUUCGCCGCAUCUCGAGAGUCCGGCGGAAACGAACAAGGCGAUUGGGACAUGGGUCGGCAAAGUAUUGGCACGGGAAUAG